AUGUCCGAGUCAAGCGGCACGCAGCAAGAGCUGACCCCACGUCAGAAGGAUUACGUAGUAGUACACAGCACUGUCAUGAUGGUGAUGAACGCCUACAGAGCCGACAAUGCCACCAAGUUCGAGGUGCGCACCAGCAUUAUUGUGGUACAUUCACAAGGUUUCGAGAAAAAGUACGCUGAGCGGGCUCGAGUAUCGGCAGAGAUCAUGUUCAUGGCCGCAGAAGAUAAGAAAAAGUACGCUGAGCGGGCUCGAGUAUCGGCAGAGAUCAUGUUCAUGGCCGCAGAAGAUAAGACGUUCAAUCACUGA